UCAUAAACAACUGAAAGUUCAAUUCUCCUAAAUUCGCGAGUUCUGACACAGUCCUGACGUUCCUCAGUGUAACCUCACCUGGUUAGCGCUCAAUGUUGAGUAGAAAGUCAGGUAUUAUUAAAUGAAUCCCUUUUGUGUUGAUUUACCGACAUUUCUGAGGUAAAUGUUGACUCGUGGACUAUUUUCAUCUCCAUCUUUACACUGUUUAUCUAUACAAAGACUGAAAGCCUGAAAGUGUGCUAGCUAUCUAAACCAUUCUUUUCAGAUAUUAGCUAGCUUCCAUGCUCAGUGCUAAUGCUUCCCGGUUGCAUAGCAACAGCCUUCUCAAACUUUGAUAAAAAGGUUUGCAUAUCACAUAUUACACAUAUAAAGGGGAACAAACUAACACAUAGAUAUUAACAUGCUAACAAACGAAGCUCAGAUGCUAAUUAACACAGCUCUUUUCUCCUCAGAGCUCGAUUUGUUAGGAAAGUUGUUGUUGUUGUUGUUUUUUAAUAUAAAUAGAUUGUCAGUUACUGAGUCAUGAAAAUAGCCUGUUUACUGCAUUAACCUUCGUUUGUUUAUCUUGCUAGAGUUGUAGAUAAUGUCUUUGAGGGUAAAAGUGCAGCAGGGAGAAAACUGAAGCUAAUAUUAGGUCAAACUUACGCAACUGUGCAGCUGGCUUCAGUCCACAGAUUUAAGUUAAUCAUUAAAUACUGUGUACUGCUUUAAUAAAAUAAUGGAGGGUAUAUAUGUAUAAUUCAGGGGAAAGGAUCAAGACAGCGGUAAAGGCCUGGCCCUGAGCCCGUACCCCCAGCACAACACUUCUACCUCACCCAGUAAACAGCAGCAGCAGGACGAAGGCUCAGGUUUGGCCACGGCUCUGGGAACGCCGGAGAGGCGUAAAGGCAGCCUGGCCGACGUGGUGGACACGCUGAAACAGCGCAAGAUGGAGGAGCUGAUCAAGAGCGAGCCUGAGGGUACCCCGGACAGCCUGGCAGAGAAGGAGAGGCAGCUGAUGGGCAUGAUCAGCCAGCUGAGCAGCCUGAGGGAGCAGCUGUUAGCCGCCCACGAGGAGCAGAAGAAGCUGGCCGCCUCACAGAUCGAGAAACAGAGACAGCAGAUGGAGCUGGCCAAGCAGCAGCAAGACCAGAUCGCUCGACAACAACAACAGCUUCUGCAGCAACAGCACAAAAUCAACCUCCUGCAGCAACAGAUCCAGCAGGUCCAGGGUCAGCUGCCACCUCUGAUGAUUCCUGUAUUCCCUCCAGAUCAGAGGACCCUGGCAGCAGCCGCAGCCCAGCAAGGAUUCCUCCUACCCCCAGGGUUCAACUACAAACCCGGUUGCAAUGACCCGUACCCCCUUCAACUCAUCCCAACCACCAUGGCAGCUGCUGCGGCGGCGGCGACACCAGGCCUCGGCCCCCUUCAACUUCAGCAGCUGUAUGCGGCUCAGUUGGCAGCCAUGCAGGUAUCUCCGGGGUCCAAGCACAGCACCGUGCCCCAGUCCAACCUGGCAGCAGGAACGCACUCGCCUUCCAGUGGCCAGAGCGAGAAGAGCAGGAACAGCCCACCACCCAAGGCCAAGGACGAGGGCGCUCAGCCCCUGAAUCUGUCAUCCAAGCCUAAGACAUCCGAGAGCAAGUCACCCACCUCCCCCGCUUCCCCACAGGUCCCUGCCAUGAAGCUGGGUCCCGGAUCCAUGAAGCACAGUGCCCCCUCAAGCAUCGGAGGACCUCCGCCCAGAAUCAGCUCCAUAGACUUGCUGUCGUCCAUCACUUCCGGAGGUUACCUGAACGACCACGAGGCCGUGAGCAAGGCCUUCCAGGAGGCUCGGCAGAUGAAGGAGCAGCUGAAGAGAGAGCAGCAGGUCCUGGACGCUAAAGUGGCGGCGGUUAACAGCCUCACCCUCAACAACGGACGCUUGGAGAAGGAGAAACCGGUUCUUGAAAGCCUGAGUCAGCAGAUGAAGCAGUCCGAGGAGAACAAGUUCACUCACGCCAUGAUGGACUUCGGCAUGAGCGGCGACUCUGACGGCAGCCCCAGCGUAUCAGAUUCGAGGAUUUUCCGUGAGGCUCGAGGUCGUGGAAACGGCGAGCCGCACAUCAAGAGGCCCAUGAACGCCUUCAUGGUUUGGGCGAAAGACGAGAGGAGGAAAAUCCUGCAAGCUUUUCCCGACAUGCACAACUCCAACAUCAGCAAAAUCCUCGGUUCUCGCUGGAAAGCGAUGACUAAUCUGGAGAAGCAGCCGUAUUACGAGGAGCAGGCACGUCUCAGUAAGCAGCACCUGGAGAAGUACCCCGACUACAAGUACAAGCCCCGGCCCAAGCGCACCUGCCUGGUGGACGGCAAGAAGCUGCGCAUCAGCGAGUACAAGGCCAUCAUGCGGAACCGCAGACAGGAGAUGCGUCAGUACUUCACUGUGGGGCAGCAGGCCCAGUUGCCACUCUCCUCAGGGGGCGUGGUCUACCCCGGCGCUCUCUCCAUGGCAGGAAUGCCGUCCCCUCAGAUGCCGUCCGAGCACUCGAGCAUGUCCAGCAGCCCUGAGCCGGCUCCGCCCACCAACCCGGCCUCAUACCUCAGCAUCAGCAAAGGAGACGAACCUCGUAUCAAGGAGGAAGUUCUGCGGAUGGACGAGAGCAACGGCGACGCCUACGACGACUUCGACUACGAGGACGACGACGGAGACUUCGGCAGCGACAGCGAAAACCACGUCGUACAGUAAAUGACAGAAAAAACAUAAACCCUUUUUUUUUUUUUUUGGAGCCGAUUCCUCCUUUCUUGUCCCGGUCUCCCUCGAUCCCGUCCAAUCAGGACUCGGAAAACGAGCCGCACUCCCACGACGACCUUCGCACCUCUCCCACCCGCCCUGAUACCAGCAGCAGCAAAGCACAGGACGUGUCCGAGGAACUGUUACACUACAGGAGGACGUCGGACGCCACGUGACAGUCACGUGCGGUCGCAUCUCGAGUAAGCUACAGGAAGUACGAUACGAUACGAUACGAUACGAUGAGGAAACUUUCACACACACACACAAAAACUUUAUUAUUAUAUAAUAAUAAAGUAAAAAAAAAUCACAGGACCUGUCGGGCAGCCUGUCACUUUAAAACGGUGGACCUGCUUGUCUAUAAAGAGACGUUUUUUUCUCGGUUCUAUAAUCUUCUCACUCAGGUACACGGUGCCAACAAGUGGCUUGUGAAUGUGAUUUGUUGUUUUUGUGCUUACGGUUUUAAUAGAGCUAAAA